CAAAUCUGAAAUUGAGUGUCUGCGGCCAACCCCAUAUAUGAAUUCGGGGUUUAAGUAGUUGGAGUUAGGUGUUAAGCAUCACGUGCUUCGCCUCAUUCAGAAAUCAUUAGUUACCAACUACCCCUCUCCACUAACUACUUCUUUUCUUACUCAUUUCUUUUUCCCUUUUAAGAACAUAACAGAAUACACCAACGCUGAAUCUUGCCUGUGACUUGGAAACUGGAAAUGGCAAACACCAUAAGGGAGUUGCAAGUGAAGGAUUUUGUGGACGCAGGGUUAUCAGUGGCAGAAGCCAUUGAAUUUGAUGGUGUUUUGAGGGAAAUUGUGUCCCUUUGUGUUUCAUCUACAGAUAUCUGGCGCCAAAUCGUGACUCGGAGAGUGCUGAAGCCAUCUCAGCCUCAUUCAUUCCACCAACUUGUUUAUUACUCUCUCUAUCACUCUUCUUCCAAUGCUUCCGAUGAUGCUGAUCCUCCUCUAUAUUGGUUCCCUUCUUUGAAGCAAGCCAGACUGACCAAUUUGGGUCGCCUCAUGGAAACAUAUGGUCCUAAGCUCUUGGGAGAUUCCUAUAAAGACCCCAUUACUAGUUUCCGUCUCUUUCACAAAUUCUCUGUUGAACACCCUCAGGAGUAUUGGUCCAUUGUUCUUAAAGAGCUCUCAGUUUCAUUCAUUGAAGCUCCAAGGUGCAUUUUGGAUACUUCUGAUCCCUCAAAGCCUGGAGGAACUUGGCUUCCUGGAGCUGUUUUGAAUAUUGCUGAUUGCUGCUUGCAGCCGAGCACACGACCCUACAAACCAGAUGACAGUUUAGCCAUUGUCUGGAGGGAUGAAGGGUUUGAUGAUACUGAGGUGAAUCAUAUCACACUCAAACAACUUCGACAGCAAGUAACGCUGGUAGCAAAUGCAAUUGAAGCCACGUUCUCAAAGGGAGAUGCAAUUGCAAUUGACAUGCAAAUGACAGCCAGUGCUGUCAUUAUAUAUUUGGCCAUUGUUCUCGCAGGAUGUGUUGUAGUCUCAAUUGCUGAUAGCUUUGCACCAAAAGAAAUUGCAACUCGCCUGCACAUAUCUAAGGCAAAGGGUAUAUUCACACAGGAUUUCAUAUCUCGAGGUGGCAGGAAAUUCCCUCUGUACAGUCGAGUCGUGGAAGCUGGCGCAAGUAAAGUUAUCGUGCUACCUGUGAUAGGUGACGAUGUAGGAGUACAAUUAAGAGAACAAGACAUAUCAUGGAAGGCUUUUCUCUCAUUUGGAAGGAAGCAUCCAAGCAGAUCACCACACUACUCUCCGGUAUAUCAAUCAAUUGAUUCUGUCACUAACAUACUUUUCUCAUCUGGAACCACAGGGGAGCCAAAAGCUAUUCCUUGGACUCAUCUUUCGCCAAUACGUAGCGCUGCUGAUGGAUGGGCUUGCAUUGAUAUUCAAGCCGGAGAUGUCUAUUGCUGGCCUACAAAUUUAGGAUGGGUUAUGGGACCAACUCUAUUAUAUUCAUGUUUUCUAACCGGCACAACUCUUGCUCUCUAUCAUGGUUCUCCUCUUGGCCGUGGUUUUGGAAAAUUUGUUCAGGAUGCAGGUGUUACCCAUUUGGGAACAGUUCCAAGCAUAGUAAAAGCUUGGAAGAAUACACGAUGUAUGGAAGGCUUGGAUUGGACAAAGAUAAAAACAUUUUGUUCCACUGGAGAAACCUCAAAUGUUGAUGAUGACCUUUGGCUUUCCUCAAAAUCUUACUACAAGCCAAUCAUCGAAACUUGUGGUGGUUCUGAGCUUGCAUCUGGUUACGUCAUGGGAAGCUUACUGCAGCCGCAAGCUUUUGCGACAUUUAGCACACCAUCAAUGACAGCUGGCUUUGUCAUCCUUGAUGGAAAUGGAGAUCCUUAUCCAGAGGAUGUACCUUGUGUUGGUGAAGUAGCCUUAUUCCCUCACAUUAUGGGAGCAACUGAUAGAUUGCUUAAUGCUGAUCAUGAUGAAGUGUACUUUAAGGGAAUGCCUAUUUACAAAGGAAAGGUACUUAGGAGACAUGGAGAUAUAGUGAAGAGAACUGUUGGUGGGUAUUUUCUUGUGCAAGGAAGAGCUGAUGACACCAUGAAUCUUGGUGGAAUAAAGACAAGUUCUGUAGAAAUUGAGCGUGUAUGCGAUAGGGCCGAUGAAUGCAUUAUGGAGACAGCUGCAAUCAGUGUCGCUCCUGCAAGUGGAGGCCCUGAACAACUUAUUAUAUUUGUAGUUUUGAAGAAAGGAUACAGUUCCGAUGUAGAAACUCUGAAAAAGAAAUUCUCUAAAGCCAUUCAGAGCAACCUUAAUCCUUUGUUUAAGGUAAGCGCCGUGAAAAUUGUGGCUGAGUUUCCUCGAACAGCUUCGAACAAACUACUGAGGAGAAUUCUGAGGGAUCAAAUGAAGCGUGAGCUAUCACUUCACAGCAGACUUUAGGGACAUCAUCAUUGGUUCCCAACAGACCAGAGCUAUGCAACGAGUUCCUUUUCAAGCCCAAUGGAACUUGUUAAGUGAAGAAAGAAUAUGCAAUGUACUCAGAAAAAUCCAUUUGUAUACUAGUGAAAUUUAUAGAUAAUAAGUACGCAAUAAGCAUUAUUCUAAUACCCCUUUGGAAAAUAAUAAAUGGGAAAUCAAUCAAAAAGUUUUAGGAUGAAUUAUUUCAUAU